AUGGGUCUUACUCCCCUCAAGGAAGCCGAACUCCCCAGGCUAGGGUGGAUUGGCCCACAACGACAGGACACAUAUGCCGCUUAUGCGCUGAACCUGCGCCUCACCGACGAUAACGGCGUGGAGCGCCGGACCAACGCUACCGUGUACGGAGUGGACAAAGAAGGUUGUCCCUUGUUAUUAGGCAACCCAUUCCUAAAACAAGAAGACAUUACUAUAGACUGUGGACGCCAAACCUGGCGUUGGGGAUACACUAAAGCACAAAUACACUUAGUAUCAGCAAAGGAACUCCUCAAGGAAGCCGAGCACAUCAACUCAGACAGUUAUCUACUAGGAACGCUUCUAUCGAGUGGCGCAGAGUUAGAACCAGAGGCGCGCGUGUACCAUGUAAACGCAGCGCAGGAGGUUCGCAUCCCGCAUGAACUAUCAGAAUAUGCGGAUGUCUUCGACAACCGCAACGCAGAGAUCCUGCCACGAUACAAAAGUUCAGACCAUGCAAUCCCUAUUGUAGAAGGCAAAGAGCCGCCUUACGGUCCGCUCUACACCCUCUCUUCACGUGAGCUACAACUGCUCCGCGAAUACAUCGAAGAAGCCCUACGGCGAGGUUGGAUCCGACACAGUACCAGCCCUGCUGGAGCUCCUAUAUUAUUCGUACCCAAAAAAGAUAGUACUCUUCGCCUUUGCGUUGAUUACCGGGGUCUUAACAAUGUCACUAUUAAGGAUCGUUGCCCGCUCCCAUUGAUUGGGGAGACCCUAGAUCGCUUGUCAGGCGCACGAUACUAUACGACCCUCGACCUGAAAGAUGCGUACCACCGCAUCAGAAUCAAGGCAGGAGAUGAGUGGAAAACCGCCUUCCGAACACGAUACGGCCAUUUUGAAUACUUAGUGAUGCCCUUUGGCCUCACCAAUGCUCCAGCUAGCUUCCAGGCCUACAUUAACAAGGCCUUGAGCGCCCAUUUAGACCAUAUUUGUGUUGUCUACCUAGAUGAUAUCCUCAUAUACUCGUAUGACGAAGAAAUUGCGACACACUGGCGCGCUGUACGCGCUGUACUUCAAUCCUUAAGGGAAGCGGAGCUGUAUGUCAACCUAAAAAAGUGUACCUUCGCAUCAACAGAAGUACACUUCCUAGGGUUUAUAGUCACAAGGCGCGGCAUACGCGCAGACCCUGCGCGUGUCGCAACCGUAGUUGAGUGGCCAACCCCGACUAGCAUCAAGGAACUAC